AUGCAGUCGUACACCAUACAGCAGGUGGCCAAACACAAUCGACCUGACGACUGCUGGAUCGUCAUUGACGGUAAAGUCAUUGACUGUAGCAAGUACCUCUUGGAGCACCCUGGCGGCUCGCUUUCUAUCACAGCCUUCGCUGGUACUGAUUGUUCACUAGAAUACAAUACUGUUCACAAGAAGGAGCUCAUGGAACAAUUCCAGGACUUGGUGAUUGGCUUACUGGUUGAGAGCAUCCCGAUGGCUGAGGUUGAGAAGCAUAGAGAACCUAACGACUGCUGGGUGGUUAUCAAUGGUAUGGUUGUUGAUGUCACUCAGUACCAGCAUGACCAUCCGGGUGGUGUUAUUGCUCUUACUGCAUUUGGUGGUACUGACUGUUCCCUGGAGUAUAACACUUGUCACGCCAAGGCAUUGUUGGAGGAGGAAGCUGGGCAGUAUAUACUUGGUCCUGUUACGGUCCAGAAUAAGAGACGGAAGACCAGAAGGGCGAGCGCUUUGGGUGGAAGUGGUGGUGGUGGUUUGACAAUGAGUGAGGUGGCUAAGCACACUAGUAAGGGCGACUGCUGGGUGGUGGUCAAUGGCUUUGUACUGAAUGUGACGGAGUUCCUCUCGCAGCAUCCUGGUGGGGAAGCUGCUAUAAUGCAGUAUGCUGGUAAGGACGCUUCUGAGGAGUGGAAUAUGAUACAUCAACCGGAAGUGCUACAGAAAUACGGUGGGAAGUACAUCAUUGGAAAACUAGGCGCUGCCGUACCUUCUGUGAAAGCUGCGACUUUGACGUUGGAUGUGGUGGCUGGGCACAAUGGGAAAGAUGAUUGUUGGAUUGUGGUGAACAACAUGGUUUAUAAUGUGACGGAGUUCCUCGCGGUGCACCCGGGAGGUGAGGCUGCAAUUAUGGCGUAUGCUGGGAAGGAUGCUAGUGAGCAGUGGAAUAUGAUACAUCCUGCUGACACUAUGGAAAGGUACGGUAAGAAAUACGAAGUUGGCGAACUUGGAUCGUCUUUGGGAGGCUCGGGUGGUGCUGGUGGUGGUCCUGUUGGGGUCCUGGACGAAGACGAAGUGGCUAAGCAUAUCGCUGAAGACGAUUGCUGGGUUAUCAUCAAUGGUAAGGUUUAUAACGUUACUGAAUGGUUACCGUUGCAUCCGGGAGGUGUAGCUGCUAUUAUGGCUUAUGCUGGUAGGGACGCCUCUGAGCAGUUCAACAUGAUUCAUCCGGAGGGCACACUGGAGAAGCACGGCAAGAAGUACCUAGUAGGCGAUCUUGGGUCAGUUCCUGCUGGGGCUACCAUUGCCAAUGACUUGACUGAACCACUGCUGAAGAAUUCAGUUCCGAAUGAUCACUGGUGGGGUGAUGCUCGGAAUACUUACAAGCAGUAUGGACCGCUGGGUCCGUCGAUUACUAACUCCGUCGUCAAGUACAGUUGCGCCCUCGCCUUCUUCAUUGUCAUGCUGGCUUACGAGAUUGGUGCUACAGUCUUCACGGUGAAGAACUAUAAAGUCGUUCAUGACAAGUCUGGGCUGACUAGAGCGGCGCUUUUUAUGAUAUUCUUCGUGAUCAUUCAUGGGUUGGGUAAUUUGCAUGUAUUUGCUGGUGCGGACCAUUUUAACUCUUACGGAUACUUUUUGAAUCACCCCGUGCUUUGGGGUAGUCUCAUGCUUCCGGUCGAGCUGUACCUGCUCUUUGCAGGACUUAUGCACGUCGUGGUGGCCUGUGUCAGAACGUACAAGUUCAAGAAGAUCUCCAUGGGUGUUGAUCAGCUUUGGAUGGCGAUUUCUGGCUUAUUCGUUUUGGUGUUCAUCGUCAUCCACUUGACCCAGUUCCGACUGAUCAGUGAAGAAGCAGCUCCCAAGUAUUACUUCAGAAGCAAAUGGAUGUACCCGUUUUUCUGCGAGAAGGAUGACACGUCGUGUGAGAUCGUUCACUUCAAAGAUCUGUAUCGAAUGGAAAUGGAGUUAUUCUCUAAUAUUGGUUGGUGCGGUUUUUACUUAGUAGGAGUACUGUUCUUCAUAUCGCACGCGAGAGAAGGUCUCCGCAAGAUCAUCACUGUACAUGCCUUGGUGCCCAGAAAUCGUAAAGCUACCGUCAGUGCACUAGCUGAGACCAUUAUAAUAUUCAUCGGACUUUGCUACUUGUCUUUUCCCAUAUACUGCUAUCUCUGCCCGAUUCGAGAUUGGGACGCUUACGAGGCACAGCAACCCAUCUCGAAUGGAGAUUCGUAG